UGCUGCUUGUGCACGGACUAUUUGGCUUUGUGUGCCGUUUCAUACUGAAAAAGCAAGUGAAAUCUGCAGAAAACCAGGUGUUGCAUGGGAUCAAUCAUAAUGAGGCUAUGCCAAGGUUUAUUUUGAUGCAUCAGUGAAAAUGGAAUUUCAAAAUAGUGCUGGAAACAUCAACAGCGGUUUGAAAAUCAGCAGACCAGCUGAUCAACGCCUAACAGCUAUACAAAUCCCCACAAGUGUGACUACAGCCUCAUUUCUGAAGCAUGCAGCACUAACACCAGCUCAGAGGAAGUAUCUGUACAGCAUUGCAGCUUCCUAUAGCACUGAGCAUGUCCGGCGCCUCGUCACCCAGCACUACAUGAACGUGCAGUACAGGUGUAUACGAGCAGUCAUAGACUACAACCACAAAAGAGACAUACUUUUUGAGGCUUCUGUGGCCUCACCUGAGAAUGACAGAGAGGAUCAUCUAUCAAAAACACAAUCGGAAGUUUCUUCAGGGUCAAAAAACAAGAGCAAGACCAGUGCAAAACAUUCUAGAAAACCGUCCCAAAGAACAGAGAAGCCAGGAGCCAGGAUCAGACUGUCGGAUGAGGAAGAAGAGCAGGGAGGACCAAAUGAUUCUCUGAGUGAAUGUCUGAGCUCCCUCUCUGUGGGAGGAUGGGACGGUGACAGCUUAUCUGAUUUGUGAUUCUUUUAUAAUAAUAUAGUGACGCUUUCUGCUACUUAAACGCCACAAAAUGCAGUUUCCAGUAUAUAUACUGUAUAUACUGAUCAGACACUACUGGUGUUUAAAGGAAAGCUUCAGGAAUUUUGAAUUGAGAUUUUCACUUGCAUCUAGAAAUUGUUUACAGUUAUCUGGAUCAUGCAUUCUUUGUAUUUGUUGAAAUAAAUACUCUGUAUGUGAGCUUCUAAAUGUACAGCUGUGUCUUAGUUUUGUGUUAAGUUAGAAUUCCUCCUUAUCAGAAUGUGUAACUGUUUUUCUUUUUUCUUUUUUUUAAGCCUAUUUAAGCUUUAAACGAUGUUUUAUGCAUCUGCAAGAUCAGUUUUUGUAAGACGUAAAGAUGAAGUUAAUGUAGCGCCCUCUGUGACUGGGGGAAAUCCUUUGGAAGACUUGAUUUCCAUGAAGUCACGUGAUCGCUACCGUUAAAGAGAGGAAUAAUGGGAAGUGCGUGCCUGUGCUGGCGUGCUUAGCGCUUGGUGCUGGCCACAGGCUCAUCACGAGCAGAUACUGUUUCUUUGGCUGCUUUAAAGAAGAGUUUGCUUUCAUUUUUCAUUUCCUUGGCUAAAUGAAGCCGACUUGGAUGUUUUUUUCUUAGUGUUAAUGGAAAAAGUAAAGCCUUUUUCCCCCCUUUUUUGCUGCUAACACAGGUUUCCCAUUGUUGAUAUGAAACAGAUGUUUUGGGAUGCAUUAGUUGCAUAAGUACCUCUGGAAUUCAGGAAAGUUUAAAAUCUUCAAAUUCUUCACGUGAACUAGUAUGGAUGAAAACUCUCUGAGAGAGGCAUUGAUGAUAUGCUGAGGUCUGAUAACUGUAUUAUUUUUUUUAUUUUCACUUAGAAUAAAGUCAUUGACAUCUAUGUUCUGCAUGUGCAAUUCUUAAAUGUAUAUGUUUAUAGUUGUGUGUGACUGUCUCUUUUGUUUUAUCUGUUUAGGAACUUGUAUUUUCACUUUAAUAGUCACUGCUAUUAAUUUCUACUCAUCUGUUUUACAGUCCUGUGCAAAAGUCUUUAGCCACCCCAUCAUUUCUUAAUAUAUUUUGCAAGAAAAGGCAGCUUUCCUGUCAUUUCUUUGGUGUUCAGGAAUAGUUCUCCGGGCUUCUUCAAGGACAUUCAACUCUCGUCUUUGGAUGUUGGCUGUUGUUUCUUCUGUUCUCUGCCAAGAUGAUCUCACACUGCUUCAGUAAUGUUCUGGUCUGGGGUUUGGGAAAGGCCAGUCAAUGACUGAUGGGGGUUUUCUGUCCGGGUAUGCUUUUACUGAAUUGGCAGCGUUUAGGAUUAUUGUCCUGCUGAAAAAUGAAAGUGCUGCCAAUCAGAUG